GUGUUUCUUUGAUACAUAUCUUUUUUGUAAACUUUUGCACUUAUAUAAACAAAUACUUAUUUAAAUAGUAAAAAAUAUUUAUUUUAUUAAAAUCUAUAGUGGACCUUAGGUUCAGGGUAAAAUUUGCUUUUUAAUAAUGAUAAUACUCCCUAGUCCCUAGAGGGAGAAUUAAGACCUUAAGCCACAAAAUUCUUUCUCUAUCGAAGAAGCUUGAAAUUGGGAUUUGGGGAAUGGAGAGUUGGGAUCCGAAUACGAAAUCAACUCUCACGCAGAUCCCGCUUUUGACGACGAAAGCGGGGCCGAGAGAUGGCGCGGCGUGGAUGCAGCGGCUCAAGGAGGAGUACAAAGCACUGAUAGCGUACACGGCGAUGAACAAGUCCAAGGAUAACGACUGGUUUCGUAUCGCCGCCGCUAAUCCGGAAGGCACGCGCUGGGCCGGCAAGUGCUGGUAUGUCCACAAUCUCCUCAAGUAUGAAUUCGACCUCCAAUUCGACAUCCCUGUCACCUACCCCGCCACCGCUCCCGAACUCGAGUUGCCUCAACUCGACGGCAAGACCGAAAAGAUGUAUAGAGGAGGGAAGAUUUGCUUGACGGUGCAUUUCAAGCCACUCUGGGCUAAGAACUGCCCCAGAUUUGGAAUAGCACAUGCACUCUGUUUGGGGCUUGCACCUUGGCUUGCUGCAGAAAUCCCAGUUCUUGUUGAUUCUGGCAUGAUCAAGCAUAAAGAUGAUGCAUCUUCUUCAUCCCUCGACUCUUGAUGAUGACAACCCUUCUAUUCGCUGUGGCUGCUGAUUGAUGGUAUCUUAAAAUUUAUAAGCUUUGGAUUAUACUGUUAAUUGUGGAAUAAUAAUAAACUAAAUUCAUGGGGAAUACAUACUAAAACUGACAAUGCUAGAUUGUUUUAAAUUUGAUUGUGGAUUUGUGAUGAGAAAAUGCUUAAAGGCCACGAUCUGUAUUUUCUUUUACCCUUUAAGCAUUGUGUUAUGUUUGAUGUGCUUUGGCUUGGUCUCCAUUCGGUACUUACCCCUAGGAACUUUUCAUUCUAAAACUUUAUGAAUUUCUAUGUAUUGUUACACCU